GUCUGCGUCGGGCGUCCGCCCCGCCGACGUCACAGGCUCCGAUUCGUCAGAGCAAGACAAUUUGGACAGAUUUCCGCCAUGAAUAUCACCAUUUCCAUUUGCUCCAACAUCCCAAGUAUCCCACUUCUCACGCCGCAAUUUUUUCUCUUCUCGCGUGCUUGCGCCUGGCCCUUGGCGCUCGAAGCCGCUCCACUGCAGAUUCAGGCGCCGUCAGGGCUCGGCCUCACACCACCUUCUCGGUCUCACACAUACACGCAUCCCUUGCCUCCAAUGGCGGGCGCGUCUCCCUUCCAACAAUCACCGCCUGUCCUGUCCCUCUUGAAAACCCUCCACCCCCCGGGCGCAGGGGCGAGCCGAUCAUGGCAGUCGAGCCCGCAUCCGGAUCCAUCUACACCGCUCCUUGCAACGGGGUCCGCAGACAAAUCUGUCAACGUCUGGUCACUGCGGGAUUUCUCCCUGGUCUCGACGAUAAGCGGGGGACAUAAGAGGAGCGUGAGGACAGUCGCGUGGAAGGAUUUCGGCGGCAGCACCAAGGUCAGGACGAAGACGGAGAAGAAGAAGCCCGUGGUGUUGGGAACCGGGAGCUUUGAUGCGAACGUCGGGAUCUGGGUGUGGAAUGAUGCUCGGAGGUGGGCGGCCUUUCGAGACGCAGACGAUCAACAGAAUGGAGGCGAGCGAGCGCCGCAGCAUGAAAGGAGCAUGUCUUCUGACACGGACGAAGUCGACAUGACCAACGACCGAUCUGGCGAUGACGAUGAUGAAGAGUGGCACUUUUCCACCCUGCUCACCGGCCCCGACUCUGAGAUCAAAUCCAUUGAGUUCGCCCCUCCUCAUUACCCGACUAACCUCUUAGCGACCAGCUCAAGAGACAAGAGUGUUUGGAUCUGGGAAGAGGUGGAGCCCGAAGAGUGGGAGACUAUUGCCGUCUUGAGCGAGCAUACGGGCGAUGUCAAGUGCGUGGGUUGGUGCCAAGGGGCAAGAAGGGGAAAUGGCCGCAGAUCAAAGAGAAGAAAACUAGGAGAUGUAGGAGAUCAGGACGGAGAUGUCGACAUGGGCGACACAGGGGCGCGAUCCAACGGCAUCGGUCCCGGCACGACGAGAACCCAACAAGAUAUGGACGUCGACGAAGAAGACGAGGUCGAUAUUCUCGGCUCUCGCCCCAUUCUGGCGAGUGGUUCAUACGAUGACACCAUCCGCCUCUGGCGCGACGUGGAGGAGGAGGGCGACUGGAUCUGCGUCGGCGUGAUUGACGGCCACAAGGGGACGGUCUGGGAUCUCAAGUGGGAAAAACACAUCAACUAUUCCCUCCUGGAUCUGUCGCAGUGUCUCAACGACCGAGACCGAGAAGUUGCUAUCAGGGAAUUUGAAGCAGACUGGAUGCCUCGCAUCAUCUCUUGCUCCGACGAUCUAACCGUGCGAGUGUGGAGGAGGGAACUCAGCGAGGCGGAGAAGGAGAAAAGAAGAGCACAAUCGCAGCACUCCGCACCCAUGGGCUUUGCGUCAUCGCGGAUACCCAGCGUGAUCCGUCCGAUGAGCGCGAUGGAGAGAUGGGUCGAAGACGCCACGCUACCUGCCGUGCAUGUCCGGAGUGUGUAUGCGGUGGAUUGGUCCAAGAGGACGGGGAUGGUGGUGAGCUGUGGCGGAGACGGUACGAUUGCCGUGUACAGGGAAACGCCUGCGCCCGCAUCUCCAGCUGAGAAUAAUAAUAAUGCUGCCGCCGGGGGAAACGCGGGAGACGACGUCGUGAUGAACGGCACGCCAUCGCUGGCCCCCUCCAGGUCUGCAGAGCACAACAGCGCCCCAGCGGACGCGCCGUACCGGCUGCACGCCCCGAAGUGGGGGGUUGUGGCGCUCAUGGACACCGCGCACGACGAGUUCGAGAUCAACCACGUCUGCUGGGCCGAGCGGCGCGACAAAGAUCGACGGGUCGACGGUGAGGAGAUGAUCGUCUCGACCGGCGAUGAGGGCGACGUGAGGAUAUGGACCUUGCCUGACGACCUCCUGGCUGAGUUUGACUGAGUUUUGUGGCAGGAGGCCCUUAUUGGGGGCGGAUGGAUGCCGUCUACGGCGUAUAUGGGAGAAUACUUGGAACCUUGACACGAGGCCUAGAAAGUAUAGACAGACGGCCCAUGACGAGAGACGAAGAAGUGGGAGUUGCGAUGCCGCUUGUGCUUUCUACGACUAUUCUUCUCUUGCUUUCCCUCAAUGACUCUGCGUAAGCAACGCCAUAGACUGUGCCGCUCCAAAACGUGUUCGCCGGCCGUUUCCCAGGUUCUGCUGUGCCCAGAACCAGUGAGAACAUAGUGUCGAUAUGGACGAGAUCGUCUUUCUCCCAAUCUCUUGUCUGUUCCCACCGCUCGUGGUUUUCUCCGUCAGACAGAUAUAGCUCAGUCUCAUGACAUCAACAUCAAUCUCUUCAUUGAUCAGAGACUGGAGGUGGACGGUAGUACACGUACAGGACAGGGUAUAUACUACAGGAGGCAGAUCAUGUACAGUACAGAUGUAUCGGAG